GUAUUGGCUGACAGCAGGGGGACUCUUACCUGUACCUGUGAGAAGGAGUGCCAUUCGUCAUCGUCCGACUCCAAAUCAGGAUCUGUUUUUCCUUCUUCCAGCAGCCCGGAGAGGUAGAAAUCGGCCAGGAGCGCUGGGAACUGAACGAGCGACUGCAGCAGAUCUCCGAGCAUGGAGCCUAUAACGUCUUGGAGCGAGGAGAGAGUCAGCGAGUGGCUCCAAGGUCUGGAUGCCCCCCUGCAUCAGUACCCAGUCUCGGAGUGGCAUUUGUCAGGUCUGGACCUGCUCCAGUUGACCUCUCAGGACCUGGAAAAGUUGGGGGUCUAUAAGAUUGGACACCAGGAGCUCAUACUGGAGGCUGUGGAGAAACUCUGCUCUCUGACGUAUGGUAUAGGUGGAGAGAGCCUGCGUGGUCUGACAGAGAAGCUGCGUGCUGUUGCCCACACCCUCCAGAUGGGCAUCCAGAACCGCUGGCGGCUCAACAACUACGACGGACAGAGCGUCACCAAGCUGCCGCCAGGAGUUCUGCAGCUUGUAGUGGAGCUCAUCACCUCUGCCAAAGGACUCUUCUCCCUGCUGAACAGGUGUCAGUUUUUUCAGCUCAGUGAAUGCACUACCACCAAGAGCAUAUUCAGCUACUGCAGGGACCUGGGAGAUAUUGUCCACAAGGAUAUCACUGUCUAUGAAAAGGAAAAGGACAUCAUCUCUGUGUGCCGUCAGUUGGUGGCAGUGUGCGAUGAGAUCCUGAACUCCAGCCCCGAAGCACUUCUUACCCACACUGCUCAUCUCGAGAGUGUUGAUCUAGUGCCUGUGUCACCUGGUGAUCAGCUGGGGAUUGAGAUAACGUCCACUGGCUCCAGUAACCACUACGUGACCGGAACUGCUGCUGAGCCUUCGAAUGAUGUCUACGUGAAUAUCUUGGCUGGUGAUGAAGUGAUUCAAGUCAAUGACCAGAUUGUGGUGGGCUGGAGCAGAGCAAAUCUUGUGAAGAAGCUGCGGGAGAAUCCCAGAGGAGUGACUCUGGUCCUGAAGAAGAUCCCUGGGUCAGUGCAACGCAAAGACCCAGUCCAGCAGGUCUCUUCCACACAGAUUUCUUUUCAGAAAGAGGAAGAGGAGAGAGACGAGAGGUCAGAGGAGGAGGAAGAGGAAAAGGACGAGGAGGAGAAUCCGAGGCACUCUAUAUUCGAGAGGGUUGCAGCUUCUGUCAGGUCCCUGUCUUUUAGAAAAGCCAUUCACGGACCAGAAGUACGUCAGCAGCCUAUGGGACAGGAGGAAUCAGAGCUUUCCCCUUACAAGGAGAUAGAGGGGAGUCUGACACUCACUUCAUAUCAAAACCAACAAGGGAGGUUGUCAUUGCUGUCAGCCUCGGGGGAGUUUGGCAGUUUGGAAAGUUCAAGACUCUCCCCAAGAUCCAGAAGAGACCGGUCGCCAUCGCCCAGAAGUCUUUCACCCAUGCGAUUUGGAUCAUUAAGAAGUCCUUCACCUCAGGGAGCCAACCAGGAAACAGCUAGCGUCAGUUCCUGCCCUGAAAUGGUUAGACACACGGGGGAUAAAGACACUAAGAAGAGCUCUACAAAAGGAAUGACGACGGCUCUGAGCCGGCGUCGCGUGUCCUGCCGUGAGCUGGGUCGUCCUGACUGCGACGGCUGGCUGUGGAAGAAGAGAAAGGAGAGCAGUGUCUUCAUCACCCAGAAAUGGCAGCGCUUCUGGUUUGUCCUCAAGGGACCUUCACUUUACUGGUACACCAGCCAACAGGAUGAGAAGGCAGAGGGUCUGGUCAAUAUAGCCAGCUACAGCAUAGAGAGCGCUGGAGAGCACAAGAGAAAAUACGUGUUCAAAAUGUACCACCAGAGGUUUCAGAACUUCUUCUUCGCUGCCGACAAUGUCAGCGACAUGAGCAAAUGGAUUAACUGUCUGAUCACAGCCAUACAAAAGCACAGGAAGUUCCACAAAGGCCCCGAUAGUGAGGAGGAAUGUUACAGCGAGACUGAAUCAGAAAGUGAGAGAUCUCCUUCACCCCGCAGAAGAAACAAGAAAGUGCAGUCCAACACUCUGCCUCGCCCCAAAGGGAAGACGAACAAGGUGCCAUUAUCAAGUCCUUCAGCAGGAGGCAGCAAAGGAACAGGUGCCCCAGAGGAUGAGAUGGGUAGGAUGUUAAACAACAUAAAGGAAGGAGGAGUUUCUCUGAUCGGCCACGAGCAGCCGUUUACACACGAUCACUUCAGGAAAUCGUUCAUUCGACGCAACAAGAACCCUGUCAUUAAUGAGAAGGCGCACACACUCCGGGCCCUGCAGAGCACUCUGAAGGCAAAAGAAGCAGAGUUGCAGCAGAUCAACAAGAUCUUGGAGGACUCUAACCUGACAGCCAUAAAGUACCGUCAGUGGAAGGAGCAAAACGAGGACCUAGUUCAAGAAAUCGAGAAACUGGCACCCAUGGCUUCCAAAGGAGGGACCAACGCAACGGUGCAGGACACGCCUGCUGACGAGGUUGCCUUGGAAACUGUCGCUAAGGAAACAGCCACCACAGAGGCGGAAGGCGCAUACAGACUGAGCCUAAGCGAUGGGGAGCAGUUAGUCGACGCACAGCCGUCUGAUGUUCUCCUGGAGAUCCCACAGGGUUCUCCGACCACAGAGAGCAGUCCAGUGUUAGAACUGUCUCUGGGAUCGCUGCAGGAUUCAAUAAACAAACAGCUGAGUGAGAUGGUGGAGAGCGGAGAAGCUGCUGAGAACUACUUCUACAUAUAAGACCGCGCUGGAGCAGUCAACCCCACUGCAGAACUGCUUUGUUUACGAAAAUCAGUCAAAUGGCAGAUGCUUGUCGUGCAACACGGUGUGAGAGAGAGGUACAUUUCACCAUGUCCUCUGCUAACUUUCACCCGAAAAGAGAAGUUAAAAAUUGCCACUAAAUCAGCUUUAAUCAAGUAUUUCAGUGAAAUGCAUCAGUGCACUCUCGUUCCUCUUUUUCUAUUGGAAACAAAUUUAACCUUGUACUUGCUCACGACAAAUAUGAGUUUACAACAGAGAAUAGAACAAUUUGCCAAGUGUCAAUCUAAGUUGAGUAUAUAUUUAUGGGAUUCGAAGGCUGUCUUGUUCUUCUUAUGAUAUAAAAUAAAAAAUAAAACUUUUCUUAGAAUUCAAUGAGAAUUUGUAAUAUAAGUCAUGCCACUUGUAAUGUGAUAUGUAAAUACAGUUUUGCUAUAAAUACUGGAUGUAUUUGUUUAUUGAAUUAAUAAACAUGUAGAUUUGAAA